AUGCGGAAGCGCAUCUUCCCAAAUGACCCAAAUAACAAUGACCGACUGACCGCUGGUCAGCGACGCAUCUCGAGAUGUCCGGCGUUAUUCCUAUUCGGCGUUCAGUAUGUCGAUGGCGUGGUGCAGCUGAGCGACUCCGUGAGGGGCGUACUGAUACUGACCGAAAGUGCGUGCAGUACCGCUUCGGGACGGAGUCUACAAGAGAAAGAGCCAAAAAGUGAAUAUCACCGACAGUCCAAUUAUUGA